CCACCAACUCGAAUUAUUGAGACCAGAUCAUACAAAAUAUCAAGUGCAUUGUAAUGUAUAUAUAUAUAUAUAUAUAUGAAUGUUAUAUACACCAUCAUAAUUAAGUCAUAGCUUGGACAAAGAGUUCAUUUUAUUGAAAUGUGCAAAAUUAAACUUUAGUUGUUGUUUUGUACUAAGUAAUAAGUUGUCUAACCGUUUAUGACACUUACCCGUGAUGGGAUCAGAGUGGAAAGAGGAAUCGCGCGACAGAUGUAUUCUCCCCUGCAAAUUCCUAGCCUUCCCAAACGGCAAGUCGUUUUGGUGAAGUGUAAACGUAUACUGGAUGUGACGCUUUUCUCCAUUACCAAUUACCAGUGUAGAUUGAUUUUGGUCUCAAAUUGAUAUAAUAGUUUACGAAUGAAUUGGUAUAAUAAUUGUGAUUCGUCAUAUUUUUUUUUUAAGGAUUGGGAUGGAUGGUUGAUGGGGACGGUUGAGUUCUGAGUUAACCCUCAAAGAUAAUUAUUCAAUUUGUUAUUAGACGAGCUAGUGAGAUUAGGAGGAUUGGAGGAGUUAACCCUCAAAGUCAUGACUAAUACUUGUGAGAUGCAAAGGUUUACAUUACUCAUACAAAAAUUUCAAUUGAUCACUUUUAAUAAAAUACUAGUUCACAGCCAUGUCUGCAUGUGGAUUUCUCUUAUUUGAAAUGAUUAUUAAUUAUUUCUUUAAUCCAUUAACCAACUGUAGAGAAAAAUAACAUUUACCGUGACUUUGCUAUGAUUAACUAUUUGUAAUUUAGAUCUUAAUAUCUAAUGAACAUUAGAUAACAUAUUGAAAUUGAUAUAUUUGUUCUCCAAUCUUCGAUGGUUAAUGCGCGUAUGGGACAAUUAUGAAAUAUGAUGAUUUUUGAUUGUAUAAUAAAGAAACAACUCUUUGUCAUCUUGUAAAAGUGAGUUGCGGGUCAUUCACCCACCAUCACUCGAGUAUUCACCAAUAAUGCAUCUUGUAAGGAAAAAAAACACCCUCUACUACUUGUCCUUCAUUUCUUUUUGUCAGAAUUAGUAAUCAAUAUCUCCGAUUCAUAGUAUAGUAAAUCGUAAUAUCCCUUACAUUGAAACCCACGAUCCAUAUUCAGAGAAAAUGUCACGCACCAAAUUCUCUUCUCUUAUAUAUAGGGUUAAUUGCAAGAUUGGUCACUGAGAUUACUAAAAACAUUUAUGUUUAGUCACUGGAAAUAUUUAAUUCCAAAUGGUCACUAGAUUUUAUAAAACAAUUCAAGUUUGGUCACUCUCCGUUAGUUUCCGUCCAUCUCCGUUAACACCGUCAGUUAACUGCUGACAUGCCUAACAGAAAUGUUGAUUCAUCCUAUUUUAACCCGCCACAUCAUAAAAUCCGACCCGCCACGUCAGUUUUUCCAAACCAAACCCUUCCCAACCCGUGAUCUGACCCUAAACCCUACCACCGGCUCCCCAUCUUCUCUCCAUUUCCAUUUUCCAACCAAUUUCCCCUUCAAUCUUCCGGCCACUCCCUUGUUCUCUCUUUCUUCGUGGAUCGAUGUUGGUGGAUGCGAUUGACGGCGUGCGGCUGUGAUGAAGAUUAAGAGUGGCGGCAAGAGGGAGGCCAAUUCCUCGAUGGCAUUCACAACACUGGUGCCUUGCCUUCUAUUCCUCGUCCUCAAUCCUCACCACUGGCAGAGACUUAUCAGCGAAGAGUUGGAGAUGUCGAGGAUUCCUCUCCCAAUCGAAUAUGCAGCUGCAGAGCAAGAUUUUCCCCCUUUUCUGGCUUUAAAGGGAUACGAUUUUUGGCAAGAUUCAGGACGCAAUCUUAAGGGUUUCUUCUUUGUUCUCCGACAGAGGCACAAAUCUGAUGGGGACAGAGCCCAGAGUCAUCUUCCCUCUGGAGUUCAAGCGCCAACUCCUCGAGCUGGCUCCGCGUUGGAGUUCCGCCGGCGUCGAAUGAAUUCGGCGAUGAAGGCGGCGCUCGGGUUCUUCCUUUCUUCUGGCGUUCGUGAGAGUUAGAGGCGGCGUUGCGGUCCCUCUCCAAUGUGCGAUCCAAGCAGCUCUCUUUUCCUUCAAAUUUUCCCACCGCCGCCUACGUCGCUGUCGCUCAGACAUCAUAGCCGAUGAAAUGCCCCUUCCCCCGGCGAAUCGAAGGCGUUGGCUCUCUCAAUCCAGAUCUACGGCCGGCGUUGUUUCCUUCUUCGCCAUCUUGAAAGUCCCCAACCAGACAUGUGAUGCAUGUACGUAUUUAUACUCGUAUAUACGUGUAGAUGUGGCGGUUGAUCGACGUUGGAGUUUGGAAUGUGUACGUUGCUGUGACUACUAGUGUGUGUUCAUUUAGGAGUUCAGGGUAUCUAAAAUGCAUUCCAUUGGGGGCCACGGCAAGGAAGUGUUUGAUUAACAAUGUAAUCUAUGUUUGGGGGAUUUCCUUAAUUUGUCGUUGCAUGAUGCGAAUGUGCUGGCUUAAGAUAGGGUGCAUAACUAAAUCUGAACCCUUCAUUUAGAAAAUCUAGAUCUAAGGAUGGAGAAUUAAAGACCAUUUUUAUUUUUCCUAACUUUCUUAAUCAGCUCAUAUCUUUUUCGUUUUAACUCGGGUUUUUUUUUUUGCACAGAUGGAACGAGUUCAUCGUGUUCUACAAAAUGAUAUCAAUUUUCAAUAUUUUUUGUGAAAAAAAUUAUGGCCUCUCGGUACCAACUGCAUACCAUAUGAUAUUUUCUUCGUUUUUAAUUCGUUUUUGAAAACGUUUGCACAGAAGGGACGAGUUCGUCAUGAACUAUUGGAUCUACAAAUUUCUGGGUGAACAAAUUACAUGACCAAAAAAUACCACACAAUACCGUACAAUACCACCCUGGUACGGGGUGGUAUCUUGUGAUACACAAUGUUAAAAGUCGUAAAUGACAGUUAAUAUACUUCUACUAUCAUGUAUAUCAAAAUGAAUAUCAUUUUGAAGAACACAAUUAAUCUGAUCUAACUGUGCAAAAAUAAAUUUCGACUUAAAAC